GACUAUUGGGAAUCUUCCAGUUGCCUUUAAAUAAUCCAUCCAUGUACGAGUAGGUGUAUUUUAGUCACUUAUUGAUCAGAAUCCACCAUGGAAGCUCUCAAUCACAAACCUCCAACGGCCUCGGGCCGGAUACGAGUACGAUCAAAGGAGAAACCCUCAACGGCGCCAGAUCCAUGUCUCGGGCCAAGCCGCCUAAGCUCCCGUCCCCUUCGAGCUAAGGUCAGGCCGCCCCACUUCCCACCACCAAACAGCAUCAUCGCGGGGCUGAACCACCUACGAAAGCUCUUCAAACCAAACCACAACCUCCCGUAUACCGACACCUCCAGACCGCUCCGACAGCAUGGCCAACGCCCAGAAACGCAUCUCUCGCGAGUACGCCGAGAUCUCGUCGAACCCGCUGGAUGGCAUCAGCAUCUCGCCGAUUGACAGUGACAUGUUUAAAUGGCACAUCCAGCUCACCGGGCCGCAGGGUUCGCCAUACGCUGGCGGAACCUUCAAGCUCCUCCUCACGCUUCCCGAAAACUACCCGUUCAAGCCUCCGAUUCUCUCGUUCCAGACCAAGAUCUACCAUCCCAACGUCUCGAACGACGACAAGGGCAGCAUGUGUCUUGGUAUACUCCGUAGUGACCAGUGGAAGCCCAGCUGCAAGAUCGCAGCAGUGCUGGAGAUGGCGCGGGGCCUGAUGCUGGAGCCGAAUCCUGACGAUGCCGUCGAAAACGCCAUCGCCGACGAGUACAAGAACCGCAAGGCGAGCUUCGAGAAGACGGCAAAAGACUGGACGAAGCAAUACGCGAAGUAGUCCGUACACCCCCCCCGUUCCGGCAGGCUCGCGAGGAGGAAAGUCCGAGGCGGCGUGUUUUUCCAUGUGAGCAUGCCUUGUUCGGGUCGAUGCGAUGUGUUGAUCGCAAUUUUCCUGGCCGGAUUCUUUUUCCAGCGUCCCCCCCUCCCCAACGGCUUCCUGCUUUCUAACGUGAUCCAGGAUAACUGACGUCAGAGCUCUCUUUUAGAGGUUUGAAAUACACAACACCAUCACGCGGAAAUAAAAUUACGGUUGGGCGACGAUAACGGUUUCUUU